UUUCCUUGGACAACUCUCUCUCUGUCUCUCUUUUUUUCUCUCUCCCUCUAAAUCUACUUUUUGGACCUGGAGAUACUUUUCUGCAUCUGGGUUUCUUUCUGCUUUGGUUGAGUGAAGUGAUUUCACUUGCUUCAAAUCUCUGGCAUUAAAGUCUAGAUCUUUUCUUUGACUGGUAUUGGGAUUUGUGUUUCUGGCUUUUGGACUUUGACUCUUUGUUGUAGUACUUCCAUAAAUUCAUUCCAUUGGUGCUCUCAUUAUUCUCUGAUUCUCUGCUUUCUUUUUUAUGGUUUUGAAGUAAGCAGCUAAAAGAAAUAUUCUUGUAGUACACUUUCUGGGAUUUUGCAAAACUCUUGAUUGGCAGAAUCAUGGGAUAUUCCAGAUUCUAUCUUGUUUUGCUUUUGUCCAUUUGUGUGGGAAACUCAUUAGCUUCCCCCAUAGAAGAUCAAGAGAGAGAUAGGAUUACUCAGCUACCAGGACAACCAAAGAAUGUGGGAUUUGCUCAGUACUCAGGCUAUGUGACUGUGAAUGAGGAGAGUGGGAGAUCAUUGUUUUACUGGUUGACUGAAGCACCAGUGAGUCGAGGACCUGAGUCAAGGCCACUAGUGUUAUGGCUUAAUGGUGGCCCUGGAUGCUCUUCUAUUGCUUAUGGUGCAUCUGAAGAAAUGGGCCCUUUUCACAUUAGGCCUGAUGGGAAGUCACUUUAUUUGAAUCCUUAUGCUUGGAACAAUUUGGCAAAUAUACUAUUCCUUGAAUCUCCUGCUGGUGUUGGUUUUUCAUAUUCAAAUAAAACGACGGAACUGUAUACCUUUGGUGACAAGAGAACAGCUGAAGAUGCAUAUACUUUUCUUGUUAAUUGGUUUGAAAGAUUUCCUCAGUAUAAGCAUAGAGAAUUCUACAUUGCUGGAGAAAGUUAUGCAGGUCACUAUGUUCCUCAGUUGGCUCAAAUUGUUUACCGGAAAAAUAAGGGAAUCGAGAAUCCAGUCAUUAAUUUUAAGGGAGUUAUGGUUGGAAAUGCUGUUACUGAUGAUUAUCAUGAUUAUGUUGGCACAUUUGAGUACUGGUGGACACAUGGUUUGGUUUCAGAUUCCACAUAUAGGAUGCUGAGAAUUGCCUGUGAUUUUGGGUCCUCCCAGCAUCCAUCAGUGCAAUGCAUGCAGGCUCUCAAAGUUGCAGUUGUGGAGCAGGGAAACAUUGAUCCAUAUAGCAUUUAUACACAGCCUUGUAAAAGUACAGCAUCACUCAGACGCGGCUUGAGGGGUCGCUAUCCAUGGAAGUCUCGAGCAUAUGAUCCCUGUACUGAAAGGUAUUCUGAUUUGUAUUUCAAUCGUCCAGAAGUUCAGAAAGCACUUCAUGCCAACGUAACCGGAAUUUCUUAUCCAUGGAAGACAUGCAGUGACAUUGUAGGGAACUAUUGGACUGAUUCUCCUCUUUCUAUGCUUCCCAUAUAUCGAGAACUUAUUAAUGCUAGCCUCCAGAUAUGGCUAUACAGUGGAGACACGGAUGCUGUGGUUCCAGUGACUGCCACUAGAUAUUCUAUUGAUGCGUUGAAGCUACCUACCAUCAUCAACUGGUACCCUUGGUAUGAUAAUGGCAAGGUUGGUGGGUGGAGUCAAGUUUAUAAAGGGCUCACAUUUGUUACAGUAAGAGGAGCUGGACAUGAGGUUCCACUUCAUAGGCCUCGCCAAGCAUUUAUUCUUUUUAGGUCAUUCUUGGAGAACAAGUCCAUGCCAUCUACAAGUUAGACCAUAUGUUCUUUUUCACUUGAUGAAAAUAAUCACACAAGUAUAGAACCAUAAGUACUGUUAUUCUUACACCCUAAACUAAUAAUAAUAAGAAUAAUCACCAUUCAUAUACAUGGAACAGGCUGAGACAGAAUAAGGAAUGCAUUCCUCAUGAGUUCCAUCUUGGCUCUGCCUGGAAAAAUUGAUUACUUUACCAAUUGUAGUUCUUGUAUUAUUAUUUGUUAUUGAAGCUGUGAUUAUUUGUAUGAAAUGUUAUUCUUUACAUGGUUUCCAUUGUGCAAGACUAAUACCAUAUCUUGCAUAGAAACUGUU